GAGGGCGUGGGAGGCGCGGCCGUGGGGCGAGGUGGGGCCAGGUCCGCGAUGUGCUCACCCUGGUCCCUCGGGACCGUUGCCUUUGCGGUUGCGAUUUGUUGUGCAACCCCCGAAGCUUGCGUUUCCUGCUGCCUGGGGUCGGGGCGGGGGCAUCGCGCAGACCAGAACGGCCCCUGCGUCGGUAUGCCGGAGCCCCUGCCAUCAGCCCCUUUAGGGUGCUCGCCGGCUGUCGGGUGUGGGGGCAUGGCAGGCCCUGGAGGACUCGGCUUCCCCGCUCACACGACCCGCCGCACCCCAACCAGGCCAGGUCAGAGCAGCCCACCAUGGGAUGGGGAGGGGGUGGAGGCUGCACCCCGCGCCCACCCAUCCACCAGCAACCGCCGGAGCGCCGCGUGGUCACCAUUGUCUUCCUCGGCCUCCUGCUUGACCUCCUGGCCUUCACGCUGCUGCUGCCCCUGCUGCCCGGGCUGUUGGAGAGCCACGGCCGUGCCCACGACCCCCUCUAUGGCUCCUGGCAGGGCUGGGUGGACUGGUUUGCCACCGCCAUCGGGAUGCCAGUGGAGAAGAGGUACAACAGCGUCCUGUUCGGAGUUUCUGUGUGCGCCACUCACUGGGGCCACCUCUGACUGCUUGGGGAGGCGCCCGGUGAUGCUGCUGUGCCUGAUGGGUGUGGCCACCUCAUAUGCAGUCUGGGCCACCUCUCGGAGCUUUGCGGCCUUCCUGGCCUCCAGGCUGAUUGGGGGCAUCAGCAAAGGGAACGUCAGCCUCUCCACAGCCAUCGUUGCUGACCUGGGCUCGCCUCUGGCCCGAAGUCAAGGCAUGGCGGUCAUUGGGGUGGCCUUCUCACUGGGCUUCACCCUGGGCCCUAUGCUCGGAGCCUCCCUGCCCCUGGAAAUGGCACCCUGGUUUGCCCUGCUCUUCGCAGCCUCCGACCUGCUGUUCAUCUUCUGCUUCCUGCCAGAGACGCUGCCCCUGGAGAAACGGGCGCCCUCUAUCGCCCUGGGGUUCCGUGAUGCAGCCGAUCUGCUCAGCCCCCUGGCCCUGCUGCGCUUCUCGGCUGUCGCUCGUGGCCAGGACCCACCCUCUGGAGACAGGCUCAGCAGCCUGCGCCGCCUGGGCCUAGUCUACUUCCUCUACCUCUUCCUGUUCUCGGGCCUGGAGUACACGCUGAGCUUCCUCACACACCAGCGCUUCCAGUUCAGUAGCCUACAGCAGGGGAAGAUGUUUUUCCUCAUCGGCCUCACCAUGGCCACCAUCCAGGGUGCCUAUGCCCGGCGGAUCCACCCUGGUGGGGAAGUUGCUGCCGUGAAGCGGGCCCUCCUGCUGCUGGUGCCUGCCUUCCUCCUCAUCGGCUGGGGACGUUCUCUGCCCGUGCUGGGCCUGGGGCUGCUGCUCUACUCCUUUGCCGCCGCCGUUGUGGUGCCCUGCCUGUCCUCCGUGGUCGCUGGCUAUGGCUCACCAGGGCAGAAGGGCACGGUCAUGGGCACACUGCGCAGCCUAGGCGCUCUGGCCAGGGCCGCGGGGCCCCUGGUGGCUGCUUCAGGUGAGGGCGCGGGAUGGUGCUGGGGCAGGCUCGGGGCCAAGCAUCUGCCCUCGCCUCCCCAUUGCCAGCCCCCUUGGGGCCUGGAUGACGCCGCCGUCUCUCCGCAGUGUACUGGCUGGCCGGGGCCCAGGCCUGCUUCACCACGUGGUCCGGGCUGUUUUUGCUCCCCUUCUUCCUCCUGCAGAAGCUGAGUUAUCCAGCACAGACGCUCAAGGCUGAGUAGCUGAGCCACUGUACCCAGGCUGUGGGCACCAGGCAGAGAGUGGGAGCCUAGGUCAGGCCCCUGCCCACUGCCUGACCCCCCCCCCCUUCCCAGUCCAGGGAGACCCUGUGGGUGGGGGCUGGCCCCUCAGCAGGAAGCUCAGGCAGCUCCCCCAGACUCACUCCUUCAAUGACUCCAAGCUGCAGCACUCCAAGGCUGUCAGGGUUUCUGUUUGUUUUUUAAACUAUGCACCAGGUUUCUGAUGAUGAAAUAAAGCACCUGUUUUAUACCAA